ACACACCUCUCGCUGCUUUGCACUUGCGCCAUGGGUGAUGUUGGGCCAGUGCGUGUUUGCGCCACCUUCAAUGUGAAGCGAGCGGCAUUCCCGAGCUUCUGCGAGGCGGCCGGGCGCGUCUCGGCCCAUGCAGGCGUGGAUGACAGCUGCCAGGGCUUCAGCGUGCACCAAGAGCUGGGCUGGUCCAGACAAGUGUCCGACCAGGCACAAAGCCUCUUCAUGGUGGUCCAGGAGUGGAAGUCUGCGGAAGCUUUGGAGGAGCACGUGAGGUCCGCGGCCGCCCAGCGCUUCGACCGCGACCUCAAGGAUGGCGACAUGCUAGCCUGCGCGCCCAACCUCAGCCUGUUUGGCAAAGAGCUGAGCGUUCAGGAGCUACGCGCCAUAGCCGCAGAGGCGCGCGCCAGCGGCCAAGAAGAGGAGGAGGCGUACUCUCCGCCGGCUCCGGCUGCUCAGGCUGCUCAGGCUGCCCAGGCAACGAGCGGAUCCAUGACGGCUUCCAAAGGCUACCGCAAAGCUGCUGAGAAGAGCAGCGGCCGCGGGAACUCUCGGGCCUGGAAGUGAGCGGCGGCCCACGCGCCUUGAAGCUGGCCCAAGCAACCAGCCGUCCGUUUUUGUUUUUCUUCCCCCA